AUGUCUGACAAUGACAAAAUUUCAUCAAUUGGUGAUGAUUUAUCGUUUAAUAAAAAGGAUAUUGUCAAGAAAAAACGAGGUAGACCACCAUCCAAAAUAAACAAAGAUGGUAUUAAAAAAUAUAAAAAAAAUAAUUUACCUCAAAAUUAUUUAUCAUUAUGUAAAAAUAAUAGAAAUGGAAAUUUAAAAAUUUUUAAAUGUUCCCAAUCAAUGACAACAAAUUUAUGUAAAAAUUUAUCAACGACAAAAGUACAAAUCAACAGUGAAAAAAAGAAACGUGGUCGUCCAAGAAAAAUUCCAUCUUCUACAAUUGAUAUAAAAUCUCCACCUAAAUUUGAAGAUUCUAUUUUAAGUUUAAUAACUAAAAAUGAUAGUGAAAAUGAAGAAGAUUUAUUUAUUGAUGACAUUGAAUCUAAAACUGAAACAACAUUAGAGGCACAGAAUAAAUUGUUGAAUCUUUUACAAAAACCACCAUCUUUUGCUGACUAUGCAACAAAUAUAAUUGAGAAUAAUAUGAAACAACAUGGAAAAAAAAGAGGUAGACCUCGAAAAAGUGAUAUGCAGAAUUGUUUUAGUAAUAAAAUGUCAAAGGUUAUUAAGAAUGUUUCAGAUGAUGUAAUAAAAAAGAAUUCUACUAUUCUUGCUAUUAGUAAGCAAAAAGAUAAAUUUUCGCAUACAAAAAUAGAUGAAGAAAAAUCUAAUUUUAAUUGUGAACAAUCAAAUAAAGAUAAACUUACUAGAAAAAAAAAUUCUGAUCUUCCCAGUAGUAAUAAUUCAGAACAAUUAAAUUGUGAUCAAAAUAAAAUUACACCGGCUAAUACACCUUUACCAGUGAUAUCAGAAAAUUUAAAAAAUGAAAAUGAAAAACAGAACACUAAGUUAUCUUCUAAUGAAUCAAUAAUGGAAUCAUCAUUAUUAAAUAAUCAAUGUGAUAUUAAUUCACAUUUAACUGGAAAAACAUUAUCAAAUCUUUUUAAACGUGAUACAAUUGUCCCUCAAAUAAUGGAGAAAAAAAAACGUGGUAGACCACGUGGAUCAUUAACAUCUAAAAAUAAAUCUACUGAUUCAUUACUUGCAAAAAAUAAUGACAAUUUAAUGGAAAAAAUACUUGGAUCAUUUUCAAAAAUUAUUCCAGUAAAAAAAAAGCGUGGUAGGCCAUGUAAAAUAAAUUUAUCACAGGUACCAGCAAAUAAUAUUUUACCUACCACGGAUAAUGAUGAGAAAGACAAUCCACUUAACUUAAGUCACACAGAAACACAAGAACAUGAUAUUAAGAAAAUUGAAAAUGUAUCAAAUACUUCAAAAUCACAGGAAGUAUUUCUUUUAAAAGAAGAAGAAAAUACUGAAGAGACAGAAACUUUUAUGACAAAAAAUUUAUCUAAAACAGAUGGUCCAAAUUUAAAAUGUAGUAAUGCUCAGAAUAUUUACAACAAUAAAAAUAAUUUUCAAAAUAAAGAGGGAAAUUUAGCUGUUGAACAAAAAAAUUCAAUUAAUGAUACUACUGUUGUCGUUACAUUAUCCUCUGAUGGAACAUAUGCUAUAUCAGGUAACUUACCAAAAAUGCCAAAAAUUUUAAUUUGUAAUGGAGUUAUUGAAAAUUCUAAUGAAUGUAUUAAAAUUCCUAUACAAUUAAUAAUUAAUAAUCAAUCAGGAAAUAUAAAUUCUGAAAUGACACCAAUAACAUUGAGUCCGGAAAAUCUAAGUAGAUCAGAAUCAUUACCUUUUGGAUCUGAUUCUAAUCAAAUAAAUGAAUCAACCACCUCUGCUAGGAAUAAUUCUUUCUCAUUAAAUACUGAGAAUCAUUCAAAUAUUACUAUUAAAAAAUCAUCUUCAAAUUCUUGUUUUGAUGAUAAAAAAGAUGCCUUGUCUACUAAAUUAAUUCAUAAUGAAUCAAUAAUAUCAUCAGAUCAAGGUAAUAAUUUAAUUCCUUGCAUGACUAAAAAUUUCAUAUCUCCUACCUCAAUAUCUGGCCUUGAAGAGGAAUACGACGACAGACCAGAAGUAUUUAAACCGUUUAUGCCAAAAUCAGUUUUACCAAUCAACAUUACUUCAUUAAGAGAUGACUCCUUAUAUGAUCGAAAAGGUAGGGCUUCAUCUUUACCGCCUUUAAGCAGCCCUAAGUAA